CUGAGAUCCCAUGUGCCAGAUCAGCUCUGAGGGACAUUGUGAUUAAGAGUUUGAACAGAUCUCAUUGACAUUUUAGAUUAGCACUCUCUGCAGGGCUGCCCCUGCCCCAUCGCUCUGCAAGGUGUCAUUAAGAUAAAGCGAGGAUGAUGAUGGUGAGCGACGACUGCCUGGUGGAGUGUAAGAUCGAUGACGACAGUGAUGAGGACGUUGGAGGAGAAGAGCAGAUGAACACUCCUCCACCUCCACCUGAGUUUGCGUCCAAAGCCCCAACUCCAGCACCUAAACCUCCAACACCUCCUCCAGCCCCUGCUACACCCACACCCACGCCCACACCCACGCCCACACCAACCUGUCCUGUCAACAGAGACCCUUAUGGUAUCAACCAGCACUUAAAGGUGGAGGUUAGUGACGUGCUGGCCGAGCCAGUAGCGCCUCGUAGCAUAGACCAAGUGUGGCUGUACAGUGUGGUCGGUUUCGAGCGGACUCGCAUCUGGACAUACCGCUGCCUCUCCUUGCUGUUCGCCGUGCCCUUCGCCCUCCUUUGUGGUAUUUUCCUGGCCAUUCUUGCCUGUCUGCACGUCUGGUUUGUGGUGCCUUGCAUACAGCUGAGCAACACCUUCCUUCCAUGCCUGCGCUCCCUGUGGAUGUGUGCGUUGAAUGUCUUCAUCUCCCCCUUCUGUAUGUCUCUUGCUCUCUGCUGCAGUCAAAUCGCCAUUUCACUAUCGAAUAAGGACUGGCAUCCAGUGAGAGACAAAGAGGCUGUAUGAAUGUGAGACAUAACGAGUGAUAUUAGUGAGUGAGUGAGUGAGUGAGUGAGUUGAAUUUUUUUAAAUUGGUACAGUUAAUU